GGGCCGGGCCUGGGGCUCGUGGCUGCAGCCCCUCUCCUCUCUGGGCCCAAGGGGAAGCUGAUUGGUGUCGACUACUCAGAUUACAUGCACCAACUUGCCACCAAGAGGGUGAAGGAGCUCAUUGCAUGCGGCAAGGUGACCCUCCAUCACGGCAAUGUGGCAGCGAUGCCCAUCCCAGAUAACAGCGUUGACAAGGUUUACCACUGCAACUGUUACUAUUUCUGGCCAGAUCUGAGAGAGGGCAGUCAGGAGAUACUCAGGGUGAUGAAGUCAGGUGCUGUUAUGGUGACUACUCUGAGACUCCAGUCGUUGGUGUAUGCAGCCUCCAGAGGAGCGAUACCCCCCCGGAACUGGCACCCUGACACCUACAUGGAGGCCCUCCAAGCCAGCAGAUUCACAAAUGUUCACAUGGAAGAAAUGACCGACAGAGGCAUAAACUUCCAGGCCAUUUUUGCAACAGCUUACAAGUGAUAGAUGCAGAGUCUGAUUCCCAUUUGUUCAGUACGGUUUAACAUGAAACUAGUGUUUAUGUCAUUGCAAAGGUGUUGACAAUUUUAAAAGCAUCCAAUUUGACUGCUUUUCAAUAAACUUUUCAACUCGGAA